GUGAUGAAUUGAAUAGGGAAGAAGAAGGGGGAGGUGGAGAAUCCAAUCCGGUUUGAGCAGGUUUUUGUUUCGGAGGAACAUUAACGUCUUCCUACACUGUGAUCCUACCUACUGUGUGAAUCUUUAACUCACAGUGGCUGCUGUUUUUAACGUAAAUCCGCGCAUUUCUUACACCUUAGAUUUUUUUGGGCUUGUUCUAACGAUCCACAGCCAUGCCUAAACGGAGCAAAGCGAACAAUGAUGCAGAAGUCACUGAGCCUAAAAGAAGGUCGGAGAGACUGGUAAAUAAACCCGGACCUCCAAAGGCAGAGCCUAAGCCAAAGAAGGCACCUGCCAAACCUAAGAAAACUAAGGAACCCAAGGAGGCCAAGGAAGAGGAGAAGAAGAAAGAGGAGGUGCCCGCAGAAAACGGCGAAACAAAAGCUGAGGAUGAGGCAUCGGCAACAGAAGAUGGUGACAAGAAGGAAGACGGGGAAUAACUUUGCUGAGGUCUCAUCUUUUACCAGCAGUCCCUGUACCUCUUUUCUUGUACAAUUCAGGGGAAUAUUUUUAUCUACUAUUUUCUAAAGGCAGGUUUUUUAGUAGUUUGAUUGUAGAGACACAUUUUUUAUGGAAGAAAAGAAACAUUUGGAAGUGAUCUCAUCGUAUCCAGCGUUUUUACAUUGGGCAGAAAAAACUACCAUCACCGUAAAUGUCGACAGGCUUUUUUACCUCUUUCUCUUAAAGCAAGAGAUUGAGGGGCAGGUUGCAAGAAUGUCCUUUACAGACAGCUGGACAUCUUAAAUGAGCUUGUCCGAAUGACUAACAUUCCAUUGGCUCAAUAAGGGAUUUUAUUUUUUGUUUUUGUGUUUGUAACCUGUAAUAUGUGUGUGUUUAGGGAGGGGAGGGGUGGGCAAAUAAUGCAUUGUUUUAUUGUUUAUAAAGCGAAAGAUUACUUGUAGAACGUUUGUAAGCUGUGUUCCAUAUGUUAACUGCAGUUCUUCAUAAUCAUUUCUGUUAAAUAAACAUAUUCUCUAGUACUGGAGUUCAUGUCAGGCCUGUGCUUCGUGUGUAUUGAUUUAGUCUUUUCUGUGAUAGUACCGCAAUAAAUGUGUAUAACUGCUGUGAAAAGAUUUUUGGACUAAGUCCAAUGUGUGUUAUGGUACAAAUGGCAAACAUGGGAUGUUUACGACCCAGAGGUGUAGAUGAGAUGGUAAAUUGGGGACAAAUGAGUCAUUACAUGUAAAAUCUCUUCAGCUGUAAAGCAUUUCGACCAGCAGGAGCAAUAUUUUUGUGGGACUUAGAUAUCAAAUAUAAAUGUACAGUUUCUUUUGAUCAUUGUUCAUAGAUGUAUCUCUGUGUUAUGGUUCGAUAAAACAAGCCAAUAAAAAUCAGUUGUGAUA